CACAUACAUCCCGUCCAACAGCCAACACCCACCUACUACACCUUCCCACCACCACUCCUCCUCCAAAGAGAAAAAAGAAAAAGAAAAAAAUGGCCGCCCCCCCUUCCAUCACCAUCCACUCCCUCUCCGGCGCCUACGACCUCAACAAAACCCUCUCCGACAGCACCGGCGCCAUGCUCAAAAUGCAAAACAUUGGUUUUCUCGUCCGUCAAGCCGCCAAUUACAGUGCCAUUACCGUCCAUCUUUCCCAAUACCCUUUUCCGGAAGAUGCGAAUGUGGUGCAGGUGGAUCAAGAACAAAUAUCGACGGGAAAUAUGAAACAGUAUGAACCGAGAAUUCUGGAUGGGGAGGUGAGGGAGAGGGAAAUUCAGUAUUGGGGGAAGGUUAGGGGGUGGAAUAAAUAUGUCAAACUCUCCGAAAUCACUCAAGACGCCUGGUUAACCGAAGGCUGGGAUCCCGAAUGUUCAAGCGAACAAGGACAAGUCCUAUUGAGUUUUACAGAAAGUGUGGGGAAUGGGUGGAUGGCGUGUCAAGUUUGGGGGUUUGCGACUGUUGAUGGAGUGAGAAGGCAUGUGAGGAGGAUUUAUUCGAAAAAGGGAAAGGAGGAACAUCGCGUGAGGUUGGUUUAUGAUUAUAAGGGGGAUGUGCCUGCUGCUACUUCUUAGGAGGUGUGAAGGUAGGAGAAGGUGGAAGGGGCUGGAUGAGAGGUAUAUAAGGUAGUCAUGUGAUAUGAUUCUGAUGUAGCAAGGUUUGGUAGUGAAUUGAAUUGAAUUGAAUUGAAUU